GAGCGCGCCCCGGAGCCCGGCGGGGCACGGCUGCGCGGCCGUUGGCGGAGGAGCCGCGGCGCCAUUAGCGCCGCCUCGGCCGCGCCGGCCCCCGCGCCCGCCCGCCCGCCGGGCUCCCGCGGCCGCGGCGCCCCGAAGGUAAUCAUUGCCAAAUGAGGAGGAAAGGACGAUGUCAUCGAGGUUCUGCAGCGAGGCAUCCUUCUUCCCCGUGCAGUAUUAAACACUCCCCCACUCGUGAAACAUUGACAUACGCACAAGCUCAAAGGAUGGUGGAGAUAGAAAUCGAAGGGCGUUUGCAUCGGAUCAGUAUUUUCGAUCCCUUGGAGAUCAUUCUAGAAGAUGACCUCACUGCUCAAGAAAUGAGUGAAUGCAACAGUAAUAAAGAAAACAGUGAGAGGCCACCUGUUUGCUUAAGAACUAAGCGUCACAAAAACAACAGAGUCAAAAAGAAAAAUGAAGUCUUGCCCAGCACCCAUGGCACACCGGCUUCAGCCAGUGCCCUUCCUGAGCCCAAGGUGCGGAUUGUGGAGUAUAGUCCUCCAUCUGCACCCAGGAGGCCCCCUGUGUACUACAAGUUCAUCGAGAAGUCAGCCGAGGAGCUGGACAACGAGGUAGAGUACGACAUGGAUGAGGAAGAUUACGCCUGGUUAGAGAUCAUCAAUGAGAAGCGGAAGGGCGACUGUGUCUCUGCCGUGUCACAGAACAUGUUUGAGUUCCUGAUGGACCGCUUUGAGAAGGAGUCCUACUGUGAGAACCAGAAGCAGGGUGAACACCAGUCCUUGAUAGACGAGGACGCUGUGUGCUGCAUCUGCAUGGAUGGCGAAUGCCAGAACAGCAACGUUAUACUCUUCUGUGACAUGUGCAACCUGGCUGUGCACCAGGAGUGCUACGGGGUGCCCUACAUCCCUGAGGGCCAGUGGCUUUGCCGCCACUGCCUGCAGUCUCGGGCCCGCCCUGCGGAUUGCGUGCUGUGCCCGAAUAAGGGUGGUGCCUUCAAAAAGACAGACGAUGACCGCUGGGGCCAUGUGGUAUGUGCACUGUGGAUCCCAGAGGUUGGCUUUGCCAACACGGUAUUCAUUGAGCCCAUCGAUGGUGUGAGGAACAUACCUCCUGCCCGGUGGAAACUGACGUGCUACCUCUGUAAGCAGAAAGGCGUGGGUGCCUGCAUUCAGUGCCACAAAGCAAAUUGCUACACAGCAUUCCAUGUGACGUGUGCCCAGAAGGCUGGUCUGUACAUGAAGAUGGAGCCUGUGAAGGAGCUGACUGGAGGCAGCACCACCUUCUCUGUCAGAAAGACUGCUUACUGUGAUGUCCACACACCUCCAGGCUGUACCCGGAGGCCUCUGAACAUUUAUGGAGAUGUUGAAAUGAAAAAUGGUGUGUGUCGAAAAGAAAGCUCAGUCAAAACGGUCAGGUCUACAUCCAAGGUCAGGAAAAAAGCAAAAAAGGCUAAGAAAGCACUGGCUGAGCCCUGCGCGGUCCUGCCGACCGUGUGUGCUCCAUAUAUCCCCCCUCAGAGAUUAAAUAGGAUUGCGAAUCAGGUGGCCAUUCAGCGGAAGAAGCAGUUUGUGGAGCGAGCCCACAGCUACUGGUUACUCAAAAGGCUGUCUAGGAAUGGUGCUCCCCUGCUGCGGCGGCUCCAGUCCAGCCUGCAGUCCCAGAGAAACACGCAGCAGAGAGAAAAUGAUGAAGAGAUGAAAGCUGCCAAAGAGAAGCUGAAGUACUGGCAGCGGCUACGGCAUGACCUAGAGCGUGCCCGCCUGCUGAUCGAGCUGCUGCGCAAGCGGGAGAAACUCAAACGGGAGCAGGUGAAGGUGGAGCAGAUGGCUAUGGAGCUCCGGUUGACACCUCUGACUGUGCUGCUACGCUCAGUCCUGGAGCAGCUACAGGAGAAGGACCCUGCAAAGAUCUUUGCCCAGCCCGUGAGUCUCAAGGAGGUACCAGAUUAUUUGGAUCACAUUAAACAUCCCAUGGACUUUGCUACAAUGAGGAAACGGCUAGAAGCUCAAGGGUAUAAAAACCUCCAUGCGUUUGAGGAGGAUUUUAAUCUCAUUGUAGAUAACUGCAUGAAGUACAAUGCCAAGGACACCGUGUUUUAUAGAGCUGCAGUGAGGCUGCGAGAUCAGGGAGGUGUUGUCUUGAGGCAGGCCCGGCGUGAGGUGGAUAGCAUCGGCCUGGAAGAGGCCUCGGGAAUGCACCUGCCUGAGCGACCCAUCGCAGCCCCUCGGCGGCCCUUCUCCUGGGAAGAGGUGGACAGGUUGCUGGACCCAGCCAACAGGGCCCACAUGAGCUUGGAGGAGCAGCUGAGAGAACUACUGGACAAGUUGGACCUGACCUGCUCCAUGAAGUCCAGCGGCUCACGGAGUAAACGGGCAAAGCUGCUCAAAAAAGAGAUUGCUCUUCUCCGAAACAAGCUGAGCCAGCAGCACAGCCAGACCCCAUCCAUAGGGGCAGGCACAGGAGGCUUUGAAGACGAUGCUGCUCCACUGGCGCCAGACACAGGGGAGGAAGGAGAUAAAUCUCCCCCUAAACUUGAACCAUCAGAUGCAUUACCUCUUCCUUCAGACCCGGAGACUAAUUCAGAACCACCAACCCUCAAACCAGUAGAACUCAACCCCGAGCAGAGUAAGCUAUUCAAAAGAGUCACAUUUGAUAAUGAAUCACAUAGCACUUGCACUCAGAGCGCACUGGUAAGCGGACACCCUCCAGAGCCCACCCUCGCCAGUAGUGGCGAUGUGCCGGCGGCGGCGGCCUCCGCAGUGGCGGAGCCAUCAAGCGAUGUAAACAGACGCACUUCUGUUCUCUUCUGCAAAUCGAAAAGUGUAAGCCCCCCAAAGUCUGCCAAGAACACUGAAACCCAGCCAACUUCUCCUCAGCUAGGGACCAAAACCUUUUUGUCUGUAGUCCUUCCGAGGUUGGAGACUCUACUGCAGCCAAGGAAAAGGUCGAGGAGCACAUGUGGAGACUCCGAAGUGGAGGAGGAGUCCCCGGGAAAGCGCCUGGAUACAGAAUGGCAGUAGAUUUCAGUGGAUGCAUGAUGAAUUCCUAAUCGCACUCCUGAGCAGCCGGGAGCCUUGUUAGCACUAAGAUCUGACCCUCAGGAACAGGAGGCGUCUACUGCUGCAUCUGCUUGCCCGUGGUGGGCCAGGCAUGGGCUGAAUGGGCCCAUCCUACCAUCGGUGCUGGCUGUGCCUCCACUUGAACCUUCUGGUGCUUUCUGCGCACCUGGAUUUCUUGUUUCAAGUUGCAGUUCUUCGCUGUUUGAGGACUUGGAAUAUUCAGAACCUUCUGAUCUUUUCCAGGUUCAUCUGGCACUGAACUUUUAGGGGAAUUCUCUGGUGCUCUCCAGUGCACUGCAAGAUUCCAAGUUAGAUUAAGUAUGGACUUACUUAUUUUUAAACUGCCCAUCCACAGGCCUCCGCUUGCUCAUGCCUGCAGGACAGGCGGGGAUGUGGGCAGUGCCGAGCAUGGUGUGACUGCUGUUAUGGUUAUCAUAAUUUUUGGAGCUGGCUCUGUUUCGUAGAUUUUUUUACUCUGCCUGUUUUAUUUCCGUCAAUGGACCAUCAGGCCAGGACCCGUGUCACUCCUUACUCAUACUGUGGUGUGGAGAUUCUCCAUGAAAUGUGUGGUGUGGUGAUAAGCAAGUGAAUGUCUUCCAUGGCCACAGGCUGUUGAGGGAGGAGACAUUCCUGCCCUUGCAGUCAGACUAAAUGGCUUCUCACUGUUUUCCAGGUUCUCAGUUAACCACUAAUGUGCCUGGGUAGCUCACUCUUUGGAUCCUAAUCCUUUUCUCUUAACCUCGACUUGGAUUGGAGUUCUGCUAAAUGGCCUCUUGGAUUGCAAAGCCUUCGCUGCCUUCUUACCUUGCUCCUAGUUCUUGAGGAUCACAUUGGAGUCAUCUGCUGAGCCGUCCUCUAAACAGACACUCAGACACACCUACCCCGGAGGAGAUCUGUCCCGGGCCAGCAGUUGGAGGAGCCUGGUGCCUGAGCUGAUGUCUCGGUGCCUCAGGUCUUCCUGGUGCUAUAGCAGAACCUGCUGUAGCUUGGACAACAAAUCCAGCAGUUUUGCCUCAUCCUGAGCACAUCCAAAACUGACCUGUGAUGACUGGGGGCUCUGGUUAGGGCGUCUUGGUCUAGAUGUCUGAAGGGACUGACUGUACACACAUGUUGCCCUAAUGGCCCUAAAUAGAGCUCCUUACUUGGUUGUUAGCAUCUUUUGUUCUCUGUCUGGUGUCCCUUUCCUCUCCUUCCAUGUGUCUUGGCUUACUAAGCACUGCUCGUCUAGUUAUUAGCUGUGCAGAUAUCUGCUGAGCCAACCGGGAAGUCCUGCAUGGCCCUCAAGAGGGCAUUUCGGCUUGGCUUCUGGCCUGUCGUGGCCAUAUGCAGCCGUGUCUUCACUCAUGAAAAGCAGAGUGGUGGGUGGGGUGGUAUUGUUUGCCGUGCUUUUAUCAGAAGGUGGGAACAUGCACCCACUGUGACAUUCUUUUGGUGCCAUCGGAAGACCAUAGAUGCCUCUGCUGCCACCCUCAAGUGGUCGUGUUCCGAGCCUAGGACGCAGGCUUAACAAGCUGGAGCUUUGGGCACACGAUCCUGUGCUGUCUGAAAUGAGUCCGUGGACUCUGGAGAGCUGUCUCUUGGUAGUGGGUGUUACCAGCAAGGAUGCACUCAGUGACUAUAAUAUCUCAUAGGCCUUGUGUGUUCUGUAGGUGAGAGCCUGGUCAGUGUAGCUUACUAGGCCCCAACAUUCUCACUUGCUGCAGCCCGUGAGCUCUUGCAUUGUGCAGGUUAGGAGCCCAUGGUAGAAAGGAUCAUGUCCCUACUAUCCCACCUUGUGCCUCUCAGCUUUGCAAAUAGACAACCUGGGACUUCUCCCUGGCCUGUGGGUGAGAGCUGAAGACCUGAGCACCUCAGGGUACCCUUUAUUGGCCACUCUGUGUACCCCAGUUGUGCUGUAGAUACCUGGGCCGGGGGGAGCUUUUAGGGAUGCUGUGGUAGUUACAAGGCUGGGGCUGGCCCACCUAGGGACAUGUUGCAGUGGUACUUUGUGGCCUCCUUUGGGUCUGAGUAAGGCAGGCGUUCGAACUCUGCCUUAGUCUUUGGAGACAUCAGGACCCUCUGCACCAUAUGCAUGGGGCCAUUGGCUUUGUGUAGAAGCCAUCUCAUCUUUUGCUCUGGUUGUCAGGAGUAGUUGGCAUGUAUGUGAUCUUCUACAGUAAACUUCAGUGCUAGGAGGGCACUUUCCUUUGCUCUCCUUUCCGCAGCUAAUGGGAGAAUCAUUGUAGGAAGUGGAUCACAAAGAGGGAGGCAGAGACUGCUCAUUACCUGGCUUUGGGUCACAGCCAUGCAUUCUUCAGACAGUGGCUGCAAGAGCUUUUCAAGCUCGUGUCUCUGGCCUGUGUUGCCUCUUGGGGCAUGUCCAGGGCCUUGGAAUAAGAGUCUGAUUGGGCCAUGCAAGCACUGUAGUAGUUUGGGCUGUAGCACCCUCUGAAAAGCAGGCCCAGAGAACUGCUUGUCUCUGCAGGCCCCAGGGGUCUCUCCUGGAAGCUUCUCAGGUUUCACAGUGGCUCUGCCAGCUUUUCAAGGUGUUACGUGUCUUUAUGAAACGUGUGAAAACUUUCUGUAAACUUAGGAGCCCAGAUGCAGUGUACCCUGGUAAUUAAACACUUGGGAAAAUGGCAGAGACAUUUAAUCAUAUUUUUUCCCUUCUCAAAGUUAUAAACUUUCUCUUAGUUUUUCCAACCUCCUCCAGACUCCCCAAGGGGCUGUUUAGGCCCUGACAAGGCCCCUUGUUACAGGUAAAAGCUAUUGCCAUCCUUGUCGGGAAUACCAAGUGUUUUUGGGAACUGUACUUCUGGGUUCUUUCCUGGGGUGUCUUCUAGCACAGAGAGGCUUGACCUGCCAGUUCUGCCUAGCCAUGGCAGAUGAUUUGGGGCUUGUAGUUUUCUAAGAUCUUGGGUCCUGGAGCAAGGGCUCUGCGUUUCUCUGUCCAUCCAGGUAACAGGGCUGUCUCUGUGUUGACUUUGCUGACCUAAGUCAGCAGGUGUCCAUUCUACGUUGUGUGUUGCACCUACCCAAGGCAGCACCAUGUUCUCCUACCUCCUAAGAAUUCUUGGGCCUUGAGGCUUUUAGGAGAGGAAUGCGGCUUCUUCCCUGUCUUGUGUCUUCUGCUUUGCCAGUGAGCAAACAAGAAGCUUCUCAGAAGUCUUUUUAGCACAAGCAGGUCCUUUUCACAGGUGGGAGAAUGCAAUGAAGACCUUAGUCACCUCAUACGUCCAAGAAAAUGUUCUUUAAAAAUAAGUUUACAUGCUUUACUUUGGAAAAUAGAGCUUACAUUUUUAAGGUUAUAUGGGGAAGAUGGGCAUAUGUGAACAAAAAGUGUUGUCUGUUUGCUGUUCCCGUCCCCUUCCCUUUCCCAAACUGGUGCAGCCAGAAGAAGCCAGACAAGCACACAGCCUGGGGACAUGAUCCUUCUGAUUCAGGGAGGUCUGCAAGGACCAUGGGUGGAUGUGCCUUUUUCUACUUACUGACUUAAAUUGAGGGUCACGCUUGCUUGCAAGGAAUAUGGUGGUUGCCUUGACUCAGAUUUGCCUUUAUUAAAAUACUUUACAAAUAUCCAGA